CAGGAAGUCCUCUCUGGUCACUGGAGCUCAUAGUUACUGAACAGAAGAGCUAUGAGCUUCCUGCUCAUCUCACUGCUGUUGGCUGCUAUGUGCUUUGAAUGCAGAGCUCAAAAAGACAACGUGCUCCAACCCAAAGGAGGUGUGACUGUUAGUGAGGGAGAGACAGUAACACUGGACUGUCACUAUAACACCAGUGACACAAGUGCAUAUCUUUUCUGGUACAGACAGGCUGCAGACGACAAGCCCACAUUCAUUCUGAUCCGCUUUACUGUUGGAUCAGGGAACACAGCGGACGGGUUCAAGGAGAGAUUUGAUUCCAGCCUGGAUUCCAGCUCAAGAUCAGUUCCUCUGAAGAUCCAGAGUCUGCAGCUGUCUGACUCUGCUGUGUACUACUGUGCUCUGAGGCCCACAGUGACAGGAAACUGCAGAACCUACUACACAAACCUUUGGAGUUUGGCUGCUAUGUGCUUUGAAUGCAGAGCUCAAAAAGACAACGUGCUCCAACCCAAAGGAGGUGUGACUGUUGGUGAGGGAGAGACAGUAACACUGGACUGUCACUAUAACACCAGUGGAUCAAGUCCAUAUCUUUACUGGUACAGACAGGCUGCAGACGACAAGCCCACAUUCAUUCUGAGCGGCAUUACUGUUGGAUCAGGGAACACAGCGGACGGGUUCAAGGACAGAUUUGAUUCCAGCCUGGAUUCCAGCUCAAGAUCAGUUCCUCUGAAGAUCCAGAGUCUGCAGCUGUCUGACUCUGCUGUGUACUACUGUGCUCUGAGGCCCACAGUGACAGGAAACUGCAAGACGUACUACACAAACCUUUGGAGUGUCUAUCAAGAAUCCAGAGACAGCGCAAUGUUAACCCACAUCCACUAG